AUGAGACGUCUAAGUAAGCAGAGCAUACAGGCACUGCGCAGAGACACAAAGGGACUGCAGGAUCAGGACCUCAACAUUGGUGAGGUCCAAGCGCCCACGUUGCUGGGCCUGUUGGCCAGCAAGCUACACCUGCGGCUGGCGAGCUUGCCCGAGGUCGCCCAGCCAUCAGGCGGCCUGGACUGCAGGCACCUUCUGCUGCCGAGCCCCUCGCUCACCGGCAGUUGUGGUGCUCCUGACCGCAGGGGCAGCAGGGCAGGCUGCCGAGGCAGAGAGAGGCACGUGCUCACCCGGGAACUCAAGAUUAAGGAAUUUGGUAGCAGCAUAGUUACUAAUCCUAUAAAGGAUAAGACAAUGGUGCAAGAACUUCUGGAUUUUAAAGAUAAGAUUGAUUUUAUCAUUGAGACCUCUUUUCUGAAGAAUGAAAAAUUUAUUGUUGCUAUGAAUGAAGCUUUUGAAACGUUUAUUAACAAAAGACCUAACAAGCCAGCUGAGCUUCUAGCAAAGUAUGUGGAUUCAAAACUUCGGGCAGGUAACAAAGAAGCUACAGAUGAAGAACUAGAAGAGUUGCUAGAUAAAAUCAUGAUUUUAUUUAGAUUCAUUUAUGGGAAAGAUAUUUUUGAAGCCUUCUACAAAAAAGAUUUAGCAAAACGUCUCUUACUUGGUAAGAGUGCUUCAAUUGAUGCAGAAAAGUCUAUGCUAUUUAAACUUAAACAAGACUGUGGAAUGGCUUUCACUAGUAAACUUCAAGGAAUGUUUAAAGACAUGGAACUUUCCAAAGAUAUCAUGAUUCAGUUAAAACAGUACAUGCAGAACCAGAAUGUACCAGGAAACAUUGAAUUAACUGUGAACAUUCUGACAACAAGUUUUUGGCCAACAUAUGUCCCUAAGGAGAUACAGUUACCUCCAGAGAUGGAAAGACUUAAGGAAAAUUUCAAAAAUUUCUACUUAAGCAAGCACAGAGGCCAGAAACUUCAAUGGCAGUCAACUCUUGGACACUGUGUCCUUAGAGCUGAAUUUAAGAAGGGCAGAAAAGAACUUCAGGUAUCUCUUCUCCAAACGUUGGUGCUGUUGAUGUUUAAUGAAGGAGAUCAUUUCAGCUUAGAAGAAAUUAAGAUGACUACUGCACUAGAGGAUAGAGAACUGAGAAGAACCUUACAGUCAUUAGCUUGUGGCAGAGCUAAAGUUCUCAUCAAAAAUCCAAAGGGCAGAGAUGUGGAAGAUGGUGACAAAUUUUUGUGUAAUGAGGAAUUCAAACACAAAUGCUUCAAGAUAAAGAUCAAUCAGAUACAAAUGAAAGAAACGAUAGAGGAACAAACCAUCACCACAGAGAGAGUUUUCCAGGACCGACAAUAUCAGAUUGAUGCCGCAAUUGUUCAAAUUAUGAAAAUAAGGAAAACACUUAGCCACAGUGUACUUCUGUCAGAAUUAUACAACCAGCUAAAAUUUACAGUAAAGCCUAGUGAUCUGAAGAAGAGAAUAGAAUCCUUAAUUGACAGAGACUACAUGGAAAGAGAUAAAGAAAACCCAAACCAGUACAAGUAUAUUGCAUAA